ACACCGGUUCUCCAUGGGCUGGAGAAAAGCUCUCUCCAAAAAAAAACAACACCUCAGCUGGCAGAUCAACUCGCGCGCUCCCCCUUUCUUGCCCGGGGCAGCCUUAGGGAGAUCUCCUCCUCCUGUCGCUCCAUCCCCAAGGCGCCAGGAUCUUGCAACUUGGAUCCCUCCACCUCCGGAUCCUUCAAGCUCAGAGGGACUUCUUUGCGGGCGACCUUCCCUCCUCUCCUUGCCAUGGCUCCAGCUCCUGCCAGAUCUCCUGCCACUUUUGCCCAGGCUGUGGGAUCCGCGCUCCUCUUCCUCCUCCUCCAAGACGCCUCUGUCGAAGCGGAUGGGAAAUUGUUUGCCCUUGGUCCCAGGAACGGCUCCCAGAGUCUGGACUUAGCAAUGGCUCAGGAAUCAUGCGGUGCAGUAGGAGCUCGAUUAGCCAGCAGAGAAGAACUAAGGAGAGCCAUAAGAGAUUGUUCCUUUGCUGUGUGUACCAGGGGCUGGCUGGCAGAUGGCACGGUCGGGACAACUGUGUGCAACAGGACAGGCAGCAAGCCACAGAGCGUGAAGAUUAUUGAUGUCCAGAUUGAAAUGGAUCCCUCUCCAAGUGGCAGAUACGAUGCUCUUUGUGUGAAAGUUGAAGGCAAACCAUGUGGAGACCCCCCUUCCUUUCCUCACACAGUUCUCCACGGCCACACCGGGUUUGAAAUGGGUGACGAGCUGCACUAUGUCUGUGCUCAGGGAUAUGUCAUGAGUAACAAAGAUGCUGCUUUUACUCUGCUCUGUCACACCUGUGGGGAAUGGUUUGGUCAAGUCCAAGCUUGUGUCAAAGAUGAAACUGAGGGACAUAUCGAUUAUGAAGACAAUUUCCCCGAUGACCGAUCUAUUUCUACCGAAGAACAUGAACACAAUGCCAAAGAGGCAGAGGAGAAGGGAAAUGAGCAAGAGAAAGCCACCCAGGAUGAGAAGAAGACCCAGUUUGCUGACGACGACAACCACAUUGGCGUGAAAACUGCAUAUAACAAGAAAGGCCCCAAAAUGAUAUAUGAAGGUGAGGACUUCCCCAUUGGACCUGCCAUUGUGAACAAUGAUACAAAAGCAACAAAAAGUACAGACUCUCAUACAGAUGAGUCCUGGCUAGAUGGUUACCCAGUUACUCAAGAAGCUGUAGAAGAAAUCGACGAGGAGGAAGGGGAUAAGAUUGAUGGAUCUAUGGGAAUGGAAUAUGACAUUACCACUGACCAACUGAACCAUGCUGAUGUCAGGAAGACAGGCAGCAGCCCAGAAAAGGUUUUUGUGCAGGCUGGGACAGUCCAGUCACUGACACACUCUGGUGGGACUCUAACACCAACCAUUGUUCCAGAGAAUGUCAGUGUAAGCAAAGAUGACAACACCAGGUAUGUCUCAAUGACACCUAUGAGACUCAUCACACAAGAGUUGUCAUCCGUAACCACAGCCACAAGCUUGAAUUUGGCCACACUGGAGACUUCUACAGUUUUCCAUCUCAUUGACCCCAUUCCCUUGCCAGAGGAAGUCGAUCUGAUGACUUCCUCCAUGCAAGUAGUUACUACUAUACCUUCUCAAAAUAGCUUUACUGAUACACCAGAUGUUGUUGAGGGAGAAGCUUUGACCUAUGGACUUGGUGGGAAGCCUUUGAGCACUUUUGAACCAUGUGCGGGAGCAAGUUGUUCCAGUUCUGAUAAAGAUCCCAUGAUAGCCAUUGGGGUGACUGUUGUAUGCCUAAUUGUGCUUGCGUUGAUCUUGGCAGUGUGGUGCUUCAAGAAACGGCAACAGAAGACCUCUGUUUAUAAGCUGAAUGGGAAAGAUCAUGCUAGGCACCAGCUGCAACAGAUUGAAAUGCAGAAAGUCUAACCUAGCUGUAUACAUUAUUAUUGGAAAGAAAUGCAUGGAGGAGACAUGGAAACUGACUGAACAAAUGGAUACUAAUGUCCACUAGUUCAGAAAGAAGACCUGUGUAUGGAACAGCAGGACCUGCACUAACUGAAAUCACAACUUAUUGUGAUAUCGGGAUUAAUUUGAAUAUCUAUAUUUUUUAACCACCUUGAGGAUUGCCAGGGCUGAUUCACAGAAGCAUAUUUUAUCACUUGAUGACUGUACAUAUAAGGCAGUGACUUGGUUUUCUGAAAUCGGUAGUCUGUGACAGACAUGAUGGACAGCGUUUUCUUAUGGGUGUGUAGUGCCUAUCCUAGAUGCAAGCUAGUCAAGUGGCAAGACCAUCAUCUGACAACUGACACAUCAAAUCCCUUAAGAUGGCAGGAUGGACUUACAGUACCUGCUUCUUGCAUUAAAAAUGUCAAUGCAAUUAUUCUCUCUGCUGUGUUAAAACGGGUCACACAGCCCAAUGACACAUUUGAAAGAAGCUCUGUAGAACAGGGAGAUAAUCUGUGUGCAAAGUGGAGGGGAUUUUUUAAAAACUAUUUGUCAUUUUUAAGGUAAGGAUAAAUUAACACAUAGACAGUUGUUACUUGUCAUGUUCUAUGGAUUUACAGAUAGAAUUUUUCUAUCUGCAUUGUUUGACCACUGCUCCAGUUUAUUUCAGUGGAUUUGUACUAUAGCAGCUCUCCCCUUCAAUGGAUUAACUGUGUGUAGGAGGCUGAUCACAAUGGACUGUUAGCUAGAAACAUGACAUUAUUGAGCCGUUUGGAUUUUAUUAGUUGUUUUAAUAGCUAGAAAAAAGAGCCCUUUUUCGAUCUGUAGGAGAGUGUAGACACAGCGAGGAUCAUGUUUGAAUGGACUUUAAUCAAUGAUAUACAACUAGAAAUCAUUAAUGUUUAAAAAUAAAGCAACAUUGUCAAUAUUC